UGUGCUCAGUCUGUGGAUGUUUACAUGCGAAGCGCGACUCGGCUCUGCGUGUCUUCGUCGCGACAGCGCUUGCGACUUCCGCUGAGACCUCGAGACCCCCGGCCCGCCGCCUGAGGGUGCGAUGAAGGCGCUGGCUUCCCGAACCGUCCGGACCUACGAUCGCUUUUGGAAGCUCAAGCCAACACUCCUACCCCCGGGGUGACGCGCAGGCCCCAGCCUGAUCCAGAAAGAUGGCCCCAAGCCACGGAUCUCACGCUACACAGCUCUGGAGGGAAAUUCAUUCCUUCUACCUCCUGUCUCCACUGAUGGGCUUCCUCAGCAAGGCCUGGAGCCGGCUGAGGCGCCCAGGAUCACCAGAGCCCUGGCAAGUAGUAGCAGGAGCAGAUGAGGUAGAAGCCGGUCUGCAGGUAGAUGCCUCAGCCACUGUGGCAUCCCCCCAGUGGGGCAGACACCCUCAAGAGGAGGCAAAUGGUAGUGAAGCCCCUGAAGAUGGAGAAGCAGCCUGGAUGCCCCCUGUUGGCCUAGAAUCCAGUCAUAGCUCCCCUCGUGAAACCUGGGGACUUUCAGAUGGGAACGAUAAAGAAAACGUACAGAAAGAAGGAAGCAGGGUCCCUGGAGAUGAAGAAAGGAAAUCUAUGGAUGGCCAGCCUGCACCCUGGUCCCCUGGCCUAUUGAUAAGGGGCCUGCGAGGUUCUGAUAGCAAGUGUGGGGAGGAGGCAGCUGAAGAGGAGGGAGGGACUGAACUCUCUUAUCCUUCAUCACACUGGGAUGAUUGUCCAGCCGUGGAGGACAACAACGAUGGAGAAGCUGUUGAGGAAGAAGUUCCUGGAGCUACUUCCCCAGUAUCUCCACAAGCCAAGCCUAGCACUUGGGUGCAUUGCCCGGGAGAGGAAGAGGAUCGAACCACGGAGGAGGAAAAAAGAACAGAGGCCAGGGAGACUUCCAUUUCUCCCACAUCUUCCUACCCCAAGUCCUGGGAGUGUUGCCCAGGUGAGGCACCAGAGGUGACUGAAGAAGCUAAGCCAGAACCAGCUCCAGCUCCGAGACAGCUGCUUAGGGGCUGGGAGUGUCCCUCUAAUGACUCAGAGGAAGAGGAGGAGGAAGAGGAGGACACUGCUUUAGGAGCAGCAUCCAUCCUUCUCUUGGGGGCCUCUGUGGGGGCCUGGGUGUGUUCGCCAGGAGAAGACACAGAAGAUGAAGACAGCGAGCUGGAGUCAGCUGAGGAGGGGGGAGACACUGAGGCUUCCUCACUCACCCCCCCUACCAGUGCUUUCUUGAAAGCCUGGGUAUAUCGGCCUGGGGAGGACACAGAGGAGGAAGAGGAGGAAGACAAUGAGGACAGUGACUUGGAAUCAGCUGCGGAGGAGGGAGAAGCUGAGGCUUCCUCAUCCAAACCUCCUACGAAUGUCUUCUUGAAGACCUGGGUGUAUCAGCCUGGGGAGGACACAGAGGAGGAGGAAGAGGAGGAGGAGGAUCAAUUUGAUGAUUCAGAAGCUGCUGAGGGAGGAGAAGCUGCUGAGUCAAGCCCUGGAUCCACCCAGAUCAGAAGCUGGGCCUGUCAGCCCAAAGAGACUGAAGAAGAGAAAGCACCUGAGCCUCGCCCCUUCCAAGUGGCCAUCUAUUUACCUGGAGAGAGGCCGCCAGCCCCCUGGGCUGCUCCCCAGCUGCCCAUCCGACUCCAAAGGCGACUUAGGUUGAAAGAAACUCCCACCCAGGAGCCGAACGAUGAGAUUCCUCUAAACACCAGAAAGGUGCGGUUUUCUGAGAAGGUCACUGUCCAUUUCUUGGUUGUCUGGGCGGGAGCUGCUCAGGCUGCCCGCCAAGGCCCUUGGGAACAAUUUGCCCGCGAUCGAAGCCGCUUCGCCCGCCGCAUCGCCCGGGCCCAGGAGGAGCUGGGCCCCUGCCUCACCCCCACCUGGCGGGCCAGAGCCUGGGCACGACUGGGGAACCCACUCCCAUUUCUGGCCCCCAUACCUGCCCCUACCCAGACCUUGCCUUCCUUCCUCUCUUCUGAGGUCCCAGCCCAGGCCACGCCCCUUCCCUCUUCCCCCCUCCUGUGAAACUCCAGCUCCUGGCCUGUGUCUGAGUGUGUCAGAAACAAGGUAGGGGGAACUGGUGGCUUAUGCCUAUAAUCCAGAGGCUGGGAUCUGGGUAUCGUGGUUCGAAGCCGGCCUGGGCUGGAAACUCCACGAGAUUCUUUUUAUCUCCAAUAAACCACUCAGAAAAAAGCCAGAAGUGGAGCUGUGGUUCAAGUGGUAAAGUGCUA